GCGGGAUUUACGCCUGCUGCCUCCCGUGCCGCGCGGUGCGGUGCGGUGCGGUGCGGACGCGGGCGGAGAUGCCGGGCGGGCCGUGGCGGGCGCGUUGCGGCCGCCUCCUCCUCAUCCUGCUGGCGCUGGCGCCGCUGGCGGGCGGCGCGGAGGGCUGCCGGGCCCCCCCCUGCAGCCGCGAGGGCGAGCGGCCGUGCCGGGACCCGCGCUGCGCGGGCAGGGCCAGCCGGCCGGCCCGCUCCUCCGCGCACAGCCCCACGCCCACCCGCAGCCCGCACGGGAAGCCGCCGCCCGGCCCCGGGCCGCCCCCGGAGCAGCCCCCCGCCGCCGCCGCCGAGCCGUGCCCGGGAGCGGUGUGCGCCGCCGCGGCCGCCAACGCCACGGGCCGCGACUGCAGAGGCGAGCAGUGCCGCCCGCCCCCGCGCCGCCGCCCCGCGCCGCGCUGCGCCCCGCCGGCCGCCGGCUGCCCCGAGCCCGCCCUGCUGCGGGCCGGCGAGCGGGCGGCCCAGGCCCUCGGGGACGACUUGGCGGAGCCGGGCGGCGCCGGGCCGGGCGUGCAGCUCGCCUGCGAUGUCAGACCAGGGGAAAAUGAAGUCCCAUCUGAAGAUGCACUAAUAUUGCAACUGCAGCUUGUAAAAGGGCAAGAGAAAUUUGUUGAAAUGCUAAAAAACCAGCAGAAGGUAAUUGUGGACUUGCAACAAAAACUUUUUGAACAACAGAACACACUGGUUAGCCAGCAACAAGAAAUUCUUGAACAGCAAAGAAAAAUGUACGAGCAAAUGGAUCUGAUAAAAGUCCAGUAUGGCAUGCUUUUCAACACAGUGAAACAAAUGUCAUUCCAGAGUUUGCAGGAAGAUAUUCAAAAUUAUUUUGAAGCUCAUCUUCAAGGACUUCAGAACCAGGUCAAAAAUCAUCUCCAGAAAUCAUACUCUGUGCAUAAAGUAGAAGUUGAUGCAAAAGUGAUUGAUGUUGGGGAAUCUUUGCUGGACUGUGGCCUUUGUGAAAGUGAUGAAUUUUGCAAUUUCCAGAAGACACCAUCACAAUGUAAAAAAUGCACCUUGUGCCCUGCUGGCUUUUUCCAAAUGUCUGCAUGUUCUGCAAACACUGAUAGGAUUUGCCAGGACAGAGAUGAAUGCACUGAAUCUCCUAACAUUUGUGGUGAGAGGAUAAAAUGCCUGAAUACCCCAGGUGGCUUCCGAUGUCUUGGGAUUGCUGAAAAAGAUGCAGCAUUGGGAUUGUGCGGAGAGGAGUAUUUCUUUAACAAAGAAAUUCAGGAAUGCCAGGCGUGCGCAGAGUGCGAAGAUGGAGCGGUAGCUGUCUCUUGUUCCGCAGCCAGUGAUACUGUUUGUUCAGCAGCCAGUGAAAACAAGCUUUCCGAAUCUUGGGCUGCAAACGUUAUUUUACCCUCAGCAAAAUCUAACAGCUCUCAGGUCUACCCUGGCUUAAACUUGAAGUUAAAGGGAAUGCUUCACUGUGAAAUCAUAUCAGUUGAAGAAAACUGCCUGGUAUUCAGACAACAUGGUUUGAUGUGGACUGAUCUCAAUUUUGCUGUAAAGCACAACUGCAGAAACUUUCUUCAACUCUCCUUGAAACUAAACAACAGCGAGGAAGGCUAUGAACUGAGUGCUGUUCGUAUUGAGCAACCAGAAGGCAAAUAUUUCCAGAGCACCAGUUUAAGCAGUGCUGCAGAGGUAGAGCCAAGCCAAAUUCUCUCUGUGUUUCUGAGGAGUCCAAAUCAAUUCUGCAACCAAAGUAAAGACUUAAAUAUUUAUGAUCUUAAUACACCACUCAGUUUGUUUUGGUUAUCCCAUGAUACGGGUGCAGUGGCCAUGAGUGCGCAGAUGUCAACUGCAGUGUACUACCAAACUAACUAUCGACCAACUUUUAAAGUUAUUUCCGUUUCUGACCCUUACAUGCUAAGUUUAUCGCAUGAUGGCAGAGCUAUAAAGUUCACCGAAAUGGGUGUUGUCAAAUUUGUUUUUCAUCAAGCAUUGUAUUCCAUGGGCCACACAUGUGUUCGUGAAGGCUUUUCCCUGGUUUCAUACAUUAAUAGGAAUGGUACCAACAGAGAAUUAAUGAACAUAUUUAAGUCUGGUGUAAAUUACAGAGACACCUCAAUAUCUGCCUCUCAGGCCACCAAAGUCAAUGCUGGAGAUUUGAUUAGCUUUGAAAUACUUUCUCCUCCUCAAUGUAAUGUUCGGUAUUUUGGAGACAGCUCUGGGAUUAGUAUGUUUAGCCUCAUCUGGAUCCCAUCUGCAGUUUCCACUGCCAUAUCAGCUGCAGUUUCUGUUACAGGUCUGCCUACAGGAGCGGUCAGAAACAAAUUAUUGUGUUUCACCCAAGUCUCCUCCCAUGAGAAACAAAUACAGUUGGUUUCUUCAGGACAACUGGCUCAGAAGUAUUUCACCUUUACAGAAAGGGGAAUUGCCAGUGUUGCUCUUAAUUUAAAGCUGAUCCACUCUUGCUAUAUACUCAAAAUUACUCUAAAUCAGUUGCUUAGAGAUCAGAUGCAACCCAAAGCAAUUGCUCAGCAAAUUGGAGGUCAGAUGCCAGAGGGAAGCCUAUGGACCAGCGUGUCCCUCCACUCUUCUUUUGAAGUACAUAAUGGCACAUUGAUAUUUGUUUCUCUUGACUGUGUGCGUGGAAGGAUCAAUCAGAUUGCUUAUGAACACGGAACCAGCAUAUCUAUUUUAUGGAUUUCAUCUUAAUUAUGGUAGAGUGAAGCAAUUGUGAAUGGACAGUUUAGUGUGACAUUUGAAUUUUUCUAUGUGAACAUGCACAGAAUAUUGCAUUAAAAUUUUAUCAGUAGGAACCCUUAAAAGUAAUCUUAGUUGGAUUAUCACUCUCUAAACACAAUGGAUAUUUCUGCUUUUUCAAGUGAUUUCUCUGACAUCUGGGAAGAAUAGAAGCUUGGAUCCAGUUCCGACUUUAUUUUUAACAAAGCAGUGCCUUAAAAUAAGAUUUUGCAGGAUUCAAAAAAGAGGAGGAAGGAAAGAGAAACGGAUGAUUUUUAAAAGGUACUGAAAAUGGAAAACCAAAACAAUCUGGACCUGCUUUCACAUACUGUUAUGCCUUUCCUAUAAAAGGGCAAUACCAGUCUUUUUGCCUUUGUCAUCUUAUCCAGCCCAUACAGAGUGGUGGGACUUUGUGUAAACUGAAAGAAUUUGUUUCAGACUGAAGGUAGAAAAAAGAUAAUAGAUGUUUAGAAGCAACUAAGCUUUAGAAGUUGUUUAGGGCUGAUCAAAAUAGAAUGUAAUUUUUACAAACUUGGUUUUUAACAAAGAAAUGAAAGUAAAUGGCUGUUUUUGUUUCAUUUUGAUAUGAAAAAUGUAAAUUUGUUUUUUAGGUAUUAUAUUUGCUUUUUAGCGUUGUUGUUUUUUCAACACUUAAGUGUAUGAGGGGAGGUAAAAUGAAUACCAUAUACCUUUAAAUUUAGGACAUAGAAAAUUUAGAUGCAUCUAAAAAAUAUUAAAAUGAAUCAAUUUAAGAAAAAACCCCCCAAAAUAUCAGAUCAAGAUAAACCUCUUUAAAAAUAAUACAGUACACCAAAACCUCCAGGUGCAUGCACUUUUCCACAAAUAUGUGCUUUUCUACCAAUUUAAGAUGCUGACCACUUUUAGAAGAAAAUUUUGUUUUAAAAAAGUGUCUCAUAUUUGAAAGAAUACAGUAUUUAGGAUGAAUGAGAAGUAAUGGGGGGAGAAAAUGUUCAAAUUAGUUUAAAAUGCGGGGGGGGUUCUCUAUCUCUGGCCCAUUGGCCAGAUCUGGCCUGCAGGAAUUGCCAGAGGUUGAAAAAUUUGGUGGCGGGAGAGCAGUAGCAGCAAUUGCUGCUCCUCUGCUGCCAAAUAUCCGGACACGUGGGAAGCCCCAUGGGCUGGAUAGCAUGCUAGAUUUGUGCACAUAGGUAUCCUGGAGCCUGUCCAGGGGUGUGGGGCUGAGGGAGUUGGUGCAGAGCCCAAAUCUAGGUCACAGGGCCCUAUUUGGGCCACCGGCCCUAGCCAUUCAUUUGGCCUUUGCAAGCGAAACAUUGAACGUUACUGGCCUGAACAAUGAAAAACAAAAGGAAAUAUUUUUGAAAGGAAACAAAAUUUUCUUCCAAUUUCUGCCUGUGGCAGAACACUUUAAGCUCCCUGGACAGCUCUUGCUGAGCUCAGAGUGGCUUUUCUUAGAUCAGUGGUCUCCAACCUUUUUAUGGCAAAGAUCAGUUUUUGGAAGUAAAAGGCACCCCAGGAUCUACCCCAUCCCCCCGCCCCUGGAUUGUGAAGAGUGCCAGACCUGGGACCUGAUCCUGGUCCCACUUCUGUGCUGCGGCUGCACUGAGCUGCGCCUACCCGGAGGCCCAGUGGAGGGGAGGGGGUCCCGCACCCCUGAAGGUACCCCUGGGCUCCAAUCCUCCCACCACCUGGCUGGGCUGGGGUCCCACGUACCUUUCCCAGCUUCUGGCUGGGCCGUCCAGUCAGUUGCUCACCGUGGGGUCUUUGAUCUCGUCUCUGCACCUUCUCUCCCCCACAGAUUGACCUGCUGGGGUUGGGGUUGUGCGCCCAGCUCUCCCCCAGCCCAGGAUUGACCAAAAGAGGCUCCAGGAUCGGCCUGUCAAUCAGGAUUGAUAGGUUGGUGACCACUGUCUUAGAUAAAACUUUAAAAAUGAACUUGAAUGGGAAAUUGCAGAAUAAGAAAUCAUCUACACUCGUACUCCCCCACUCUGUGCUUGCCUAUGAACAGAGGGAAAAUCCCAGUGUGGGUCUGGCUGAAUGGGGGAGAGUGGGGUGUUCCUCCACCCAGCCAGACCCAUGGGGCGCUUGUCUGACUCAAGAGGGGAAAGUGCCACAGAGAUACUAGACGUCUGCUGAAAUAAAGCAGCAGAGUCUAUUACCACCUUUUAUUGUGCCACUGAUUUUCCUUUCAUGUGGAGGAACAAAGGAUAUCAAUCUCUAUUUACUCAGCGUUUUUGCUUCCAUAACAAACUUCAUGGUGGCACCAAUGAGAUGUCAGGUGACAUCCAUUUCCAUCCAAGGUAACACAACAGUCAGGUGGUAAGGAGGCCAGUGCAGUGGUGCAAGCCACAUUGUGCGAAUUCUUCACUCCAUUUAGGUGAACUCCAACUUUCACUGACUUCAGAGGGAUCACAAUUUUCAUCCAUUCUAAGACUGGAUUAUUUUAUAUUAUCUAGAUUAGGAUGACAAUACAUUACAGUAGAAAUAAAUCUCGAGCAGUUUUAGUGUGCAACACUUAAAAGGUAUAAUCUACUAUUACUACUACUUAACAGAGAAUCUUUUAUUCAAAGGAAAGGAAACCUGUCCUGGAAUUAGAGCAUGCUCUUGAGCCAAAAAAGACUAUAUAUAUGGAGGAGCCUUCUUGUUCGAGAGAGGUGGCAUUUCUAGCCCCUCUGUUCUGCAAAUUUAAUUAAACUGGUCAAAGAUAAAAGGGAGUUUAAUUCCUAUGAAAAUAUCCAUCUGCUCGUGAAGCAGAUGAUUCAAAUAAUUCGUAAAUGCUUAAAGAAGGUCCUACCUAUUAGCUGGUGGUGAUUUUACUGGAAAAAAAGGUAAAAUGGGUCUCCUGAUACUUUCCUAAAAAUCACCCUGAGGAGAUACAGGGGAGGAAUGAGUGGCUCCUCAGAGAGAGGAUCUAGGUUGUGGGCUAAGCAGUUCCGAGGUAGGGACUUUAGAAGCAGUCAAUCCUUGAGAGGGAGGUUGAACUUAGUUUUGUGAUGGUUAAUUAAUAAACCAUCAUUAAUUCACAAAUCUUUAUUAACAAAGCCCAGGACAGGGUGAAUCUUUGAGAUAGAAUCUGCAUACUGUGCUGUUUCAGCAAGAGUUACCAAAGACACGUGCUCACACGUAUAAAAGCCAUGUUCUUGUGUCAGUAUUUCAGGUAUUGUGCCCUGUGGGCCAUGUUAUGCACUGAUACCCCAGAUAUGUACUGAAGUAUCUGCAAGUUAAUAGAGUCCCUGGAUAACUGAGAUCAGAAUCUGGCUUAAUCUCCCCAGAGCAGAAUGCAGGUGUUGUCAUGCAAUAUUGAACAGGAAUGUUUGCCCAGAUGUAAGAACAUUUCCCCAGAUAUAGUCUAUUUUGGUUGGUUUGACUAUAUCAUUACUUGGGCAGGGGUUACAGUAUCUGUGAAAAUGCUGGUAUGUUGGAUUAUGAAUGUACUCAGUGAAAAGGACUUUUUCCCCACACCACAACUCUCAAAUUCUGAAUCAUACAUGUGCUGUUACUGUUUAUUUUUCUACACCUCUUCUGCUUUAUUUAGUUAUGGCAGGAGGCUGGUAUCAGCAAGUAUUUUAUCUAGUAAACAUAAGAUAAAUUUGCACUCUGAAAGUGCUUCACUAUAUGAAUAUUCUGGUUUUGCACUUGCAGAACUCUGAAAAUUCCCAUUAAAGUCAGAGGCAGGAUUUCUAGAGUGAUAUCUUUUCUUGGACUAAUUGCAUAGUUGGGAAAGAAUUUGACAAACUAUUGAAUUAAAAACAUAACCAAGUUAGUUUUAAUAUGUCUUGCAUUCAAAACUUGUCAAACUCCAUCCCAACUAUGCAGUUGGUCUAAUAAAAGAUAUCACCUGAGAAAUCUUUGCCUCUUGCAUAAUUUCUGGCUCAUCAUGGCUAAACAUCACUCUAACACUGUCUUUAAAAUAGUAGAUGCACUAUGGCCCUGCCUAAUUAAACUAAACAUGGCAAAUAUAGCUUCUGUUCCACUCAAGUUAUCUUUUAGGAUGCAAGCACAUUAGAAUAUAUCAAUCUUCAUGCUACUGCAUUGACAAUGAAUUACAGGAAACAGCAGUAAAUUAGGAAGUAGCUGAUGAGAAAAAAAAUCCAUCUCUCAGUUGAGAUUCUGUCUUUGAUUAUACCAACAUAAAGAUGGAGUAACUUAACUGGAUUGAUUCCAGUUAUGCAGCAUUUUAACUGAGAGCAGAAAUUGGCCUUCAUGUGUUUACAUGUGCCCUGAACCCAUUGCAUGGUACCAACUAUUGUGCUACAUAAACACUGAUGCUGUGAUCUUCAGUUCAAAAGAACCUGGGCAUAGUUUAAAUGAAUGCCAGCUGUAUGGCACCUAGAAUAAGUAACUGCACAUUUACCCUGUAAUGGUCACAUUUUACUUACUUUUGUUAACAAAUCUUGAGCUCCUUUAGUUAAAACAAGUUAAUGUUAACUCCAAGUCAUCCAGUAAAAUGCUAUACCUUGUAUUUAAAAUCCAUUUAAAAGCCUUCUCAAAAAAUGAGGUGCUUUGAUACAUGGUUGUCAGUGUAAAUACUGAGAGAUUUUCUCCCAUUCACGCUCUCACAGAGUAGUAUUGUACUUCGUGAAGAUUUCCAAUAGGGGUUCUUGCAAAGUUAAACUAUCUUGGAAUGUGACUAAUGGUAUAAGACUGGCUAAUUCAUUUAGAGACGGAGUUAAUAUACUCACCAUUUUGCAGAUUACUUCUGUUACACCAUGCAUGUAACAUUAUAGUACUUUACUAUAGUAAUGUUGUUCAUUGCAGAAGGAAAAUAAUAUAGGUUAUAUGAUGCUACUUAUAUAAAGAUUUGGUUUAUAACAGACCUCCAUUUUUAUGUUAAAAAAAAUGCUUCAACCUGCAUUUUAAACAUUUUGCAGUUUUAAAGAUUUUAUCUGAAUGUAUUUUAUUACUUUUACAAAGUGUUUUAUAACUGGGAAGAACAUCUUAAGCAUAUUGUAAUUUAACAUUGUGGCUUGUGCCUCUUUGUAUGCUUUCUGCUGGAGUUUUCCAGAGUAUGGUAUAUUGUUAAAACUACAUUAGUUUACAGGGGCUUUUAUCUCAAGUAUCCCAUUUCCAAAUAUUGUAUUAAUUUUAAAAUAUUUUUCUUGUACUUAGUCUACGUUAAUAUUGUAUCAUAUGUCAUAAGAUAAUUUAACUCAAAUAAAACAGUAUCCUUUGA